CACGCCCGCGUUAGCUGUCCUUGAGACCUACGCAGAGGAGAUAAGCACGCAGCCAAACAGUCAGAAUUACUCACAGCUUUUUAGUUUCUCCUUCCCAGCUGCUAAGAUGGGUGUGUGUGUAUCCCUGCCAGAACCGGUGAUGGCCGACCAGCCGCUUUCACAGCCCGCCGACAAGCCGCUGACCAAGUUCCACCAGGGAGGCCUCCUCAGCGGGAAAGAAGACGGCCUGCAGGCCCGAGGCCAGUGGGCCAGCAAGGCCGAGUUCCUCCUGGCCGUGGCCGGACAGAUCAUCGGGCUGGGCAACGUCUGGAGGUUUCCCUACCUCUGCUACAAAAACGGAGGCGGCGUGUUCUUUGUUCCCUACCUGUUGUUCCUGGUGCUGUGCGGCAUCCCCCUGUUCCUCCUGGAGACCUCACUGGGGCAGUACACCAGCCUGGGAGGGGUCAGCGCCUGGAGGACAAUCUGCCCGCUAUUCGGAGGUCUCGGCUACGCCAGCCAGGUGAUGAUCCUGCACGGCUGCGUCUACUACAUAGUCAUCCUGGCCUGGGCGCUCUUCUACCUGUUCUACAGCUUCCAGGCGGAGCUGCCGUGGUCCCACUGUAACAACACCUGGAACACGGACGCCUGCUUCCUGUUCGAUAAAUACAACCAGACGGCGAACGCCAGCGCCGUGCCCGAGAACGCCACCUCCCCGGUCAUGGAGUUCUGGGAGCGGGAGGUGCUCCGCCUGUCGGGCACUUUGGAUGAGCUGGGUCCCGUCAGCUGGAAGCUGGCGCUGUGUCUGGCUGUCGUCUGGCUCGUCUGCUACUUCUGCGUUUGGAAGGGCGUGAAGUCCACCGGAAAGGUGGUGUAUCUGACGGCCACCUUCCCAUACGUCAUGCUGUUUGUGCUGCUGGUGCGCGGUGCCACGCUGCCUGGAGCGACCCAGGGCAUCAUCUACUACCUCAAACCCAACGUCACCCGCCUGGCUGACCCUCAGGUAUGGAUGGACGCCGGUACCCAGAUCUUUUUCUCUUAUGGAAUCUGCUUGGGAAGUCUCACAGCCCUGGGCAGUUACAACAAAUACAACAACGACUGCUAUAAGGACUCCUUCAUGCUGUGCCUCCUGAACAGCGCCACCAGUUUCCUGGCGGGCUUCGCCAUCUUCUCGGUGCUGGGCUUCAUGGCUGAAGAGCAGGGUGUCGACAUAGCCUCCGUGGCUCAGUCAGGGCCUGGCCUCGCCUUCAUCGCCUACCCCAGAGCCGUUGCCAUGAUGCCAGUCCCUCAGCUCUGGGCUGUCUGCUUCUUCCUCAUGAUCAUCAUGCUGGGCCUCGACACGCAGUUUGUGAGUCUGGAGGCUCUCAUGACCUCGGUGACAGACCUGUACCCCCACGUGAUCCGGCGAGGUUACCGCAGAGAGCUGCUGCUGCUGUUCGUGUGCGUGGUUUGCUUCCUGAUCGGGCUGGUCAUGGUCACGCCGGGUGGCCUGUAUGUGUUCCAGAUCUAUGACCACUUCUCCUGCAGUGGAGCCAGCCUGCUGCUCCUCUCCAUCUUCCAGUCGCUGGCCAUCGGCUGGGUCUACGGAGCCGAGCGUUUCAGUGACAACAUCAAAGACAUGACGGGCUACACCCCCCUGGCCGUCUUCAGGCUGUGCUGGAAGUACCUGACUCCGGCCGUGUGCACCGCUACAUUUAUUUUCUCCCUGGUGCGUUGGUCUCCACUGAGCCUGGGUAAAGGACUGGUGGCUCCAGUAUGGGCCACCACGCUCGGCUGGAUCCUGACCCUUUCAUCUGUUUCCCUCCUCCCCAUCUGGGCCGUCUACGCUCUGAUCACCACCCCUGGAACCCUGCCACAGCGCUUCCAUCGCCUUUGCAGCCCUGCUGAAAAGUCCUCUAUGGCCUUCCAGCACCUGUCCACCAACGGCUCAGCGCUGACCUACAGUCCUGUGCUGCCUCUCAGUGAAAAGCCAAAGGAACAAAUCAUAGAGCUCCUCCAGGACAAGAAGACAUGACAAUAAUGACAUUAUGUGACGCUGUACGCUGCUCAGCCAAUCAGGUUUGCCGAUCAGAACAGUUGGGUUUAAAGCUGACCCCGGCAGAAGGGCUGGAUUCCCCUCGGAUUGUAUUUAAAAUAUGUUAAAGGAGAAAUGUUAGAACAUACCAGGAAACCAAAAGAGUCAAUAAUAUGCCUUUCUUUAGUUAAAACUGUGCAGGUAGUGUCAUCACGGAGCGCACACAGCAGUCUGGGAGUGAGACUCCUAGCGCUUCCUCCCCCGCUGUAGCAUUUAGGUGAUUGUACAACGUAAUUUAGCCAAACAUGAAUCAUUGCAAGUUAGACUGAAGCUGGUGGUUACACCCUAACUUAUGCCCCGAAUCUCAACGCACACAAACAGAAAGACAACUCCGUGAUCAACAAAAAAAAUAACGCACUGAGACGAAUUUUACUCAGCCCGACAUGUUUACAGAGGAGUUCAGCCUGUCUGACACUGGGUUUGGAAGCUUUAGCAGAGCGUCCGGCUCUAAACUGGGAUAAAGCUUGGUCAGCCCAUUAGACCAGCUCCUGUUCCUGGUCCCUACAGUUUAUUAUUCCCAUAAAUUCAGCACACACUCCUGGAUCUUAACCGUUUUUUAUCUCCUUACUUUCUAUCAUAGCUCUUUAUCUUAUUUCACAGUUUAGUCGCUGUACUUGAGGACCAUGUAACCACAAACCCCCCUACAGACGUUCCCUUUGUUUGGCGGCAGCACACAGUCCUCAGCUACAACUAUACUCUCUAUGAGAGACUGAGAGAGAGAGAGAGUUAUCAUGUCUGCUGAAACGACUCAAUGAGUCAGACAUGUGAUGUCCAAGGGUUUCUCUGGAGUUCUGUCUACAUUUCGCAUCCAGACCAAGUUCAUGCUCGAGUUGAGUUCCCUGAGUACCGCUGUUGCUGCCAAGCACUUAAGCUAAGGUUGUUCUGAACACCUUAAUAAUGACAGAUUUUACUGAAAACGUGCAUUGCAGUAUUUCUUUAGAAACGGGUGUCUCCAGAGUAGAAACGUCUAUACGUUUGUUUCAACUGUCGAAAGCAAUAUUAAACCGAACUCAUAAGCUGGGAAACAUUGUCAUACUGACUGAUAAUUUAACGAGCGUUGCAGAGAUUCUUUCCCGCUUAUUUGUGAGGUGUAAAUUAACAUAUAUCAGUUAAACAUGUAGAGCAGCUGAAUAAAUCUAGUUGUACUGCUGCGUAUACGUUCUGCGAAUGUUACUUUGAAGGACUCUGCAACCCUCGUUUGAAUUUUAUUUUAAAAUACCAGUGCUGCUUUAUAUUGAACAUAAAAGAACUCCAAUAUUUUUUUUCACCGUGUGCACCAAAUGUUUAAGUUAUUUUAUUAGUUUAGUUUUUUUAAAGAAGUUUACCUGUAUUGUGCAGUGUGUUUGAGUGAUGUUGAGUAAAUAAGGAGGCUUAUAAGAGCAUUUGUGUUGGGAAGAAAAAGUAAAGUUACAGAUCCGAAAGAGCCUGCAAAUAUUAGCAUAAGUUCCAAAGAGUGAGGUCUCAUUUUAUAAAGAAUUAAAUUUACAAUCCUGGAAUGAUAUUAAGAAAUUAACGUGAAAAAUCAGUCCUGAUUCAAUCGCUCAUUGAAUUUUGGUGUCAAUCUGACUAAAUCUCUGAAAACAGCUCUCCUCUAAUCAACCAAUCAGAGGUGGACUUGGCUUGACAUUAGAACUAUGUCACACUAAACUGUUUUUUACUGGAGGUAGAAGUCCGACAAAGACAAGUGAAACGGAGAAUAGUAGUCAAAAGUAUAUUUAAUUAAUUUUAUUUAUAUAGAGCCAAUUCACAUGUCAUCUCAAGGCACUUUCUAUUGAAUUAUACAAGCAGAAACCCAGCAGAUCGCAUCAAGUCAUUGACUCGCAGCAUUCACUCCACCUGGAUGAGCGUGCAGCCACCAGUGGACAGUCGCUCGCGUUGUGUUGUUGACUUUGCAGCAAUCCCUCAUACCAAGCAUGCAUGUAGCGACAGUGGAGAGGAAAACUCCCCCUUUAACAUUAAGGAAACUCUACAGCAGAACCAGACUGAGAGUAUAGUGCAUAGCACAAAAAGAGCAAAGAAGCACUGGUCCAGGAGUACUUUCUAUGUGAGAGAAAAGUGAAAUAGGCUUUAAUUUAAAUCACGUUAGCAGUUUGCAGAGCGUUUUGUUUCUUUAAGUAAAUCAUGUCUUUGCCUUGAAUUAUAUCGCAUAGAUUUGUGAGAAUAUUCCACUUUCUACAAAAUUUGCCUCUUACAUCCCAGAAAUUUGGAGAAUUUACUUAUUUUUUUUAACAAACAAACACUCUUAUAAGCCUCUUUAAGCAUUAUGCAGCAUAAGAAUGAUCAUUUUAGGAUGCUCAGUGGUUCUCAAAAGUGUACACACCCCCUGUUAAAAAAGCAGUUGUGUGAAAGAGAAAAAUGAAACCACGACAUAUCGUUUUGAAACUCUUUUACACAUGUGUCGCAUGUAUCCUGGAAACAUUUAGCUGCAAAGGCAAACCUGUUAGAGGAGAAAAUCCCAGAAAGAAACUGGCUCAACCUGGUUGCAUACGUGUGAACGCCCUUAACAUAUUUGAACUUUGUAAAAGCAGCUUUUUAAUUCAGUUUCUGCACUCGGUCGAUUUCGACCCGGUGAUGUUUGCCCCACAACUAUCAGAUUAUGAGAUUUUCUGUAGGUCAUUCCAAAACUUUUAACUUUCUUCCGCCGCAGACACUCUUCUGUUACAUUUUGACAAAUGCAGACAGUUGGAAGCUUUUUCCUGGUGGCGUUUCUAUUUUCUGAAAAAUAACCCCAGAGCAUAACGCUGUCACUUCCGUGUUUCGCAGCUUGUUUUUUGUUUUCUUUUUUGGUGAAGUUAACCUUUCAAAAUGGGUAUAAACUUCAUGUUUGGUAUCAAGACACCAUAAAGCAUUGUACCACAUGGUGUUGGGAGAUAUUAAAAUACAAGAGAUGUUUACAGGUUACUGCUUGCACUGCGCCAUGCUGGAUUUCUUUGUACUUUUGCACGUUUUGGCUUUACGUAAAGGAUGCAAAAGAGCAAAUGUCAGGAAAAUCCUUUCUGAAAACAUUAUGCUUUUCCACCGUUCAAUUUUGAUGAUCGAUGAAGAAUUGAUGUGCGUGAACUCAAGAAGAAGCUGAAAGAUUAAUCCGAAUCAAAAGCUGCUCCAAAGAAAGUGCUAAUUGAUGCAACCAGGUUGCUGCUGCUUCUUAUUUUUAUUUUAAUCUCUCCCUUCAGUAAGUCUUGAAUUAUUCUGGAUACAUGGUGCAUUACAUGUGGAAAACGUGCUGAAAUCUCAAACCUGUAAGUCGGAACAGUGGUGGGUACGCUUUUUAGAGACCCCACGUGUUGGAAAAGAAUGAAAAUGUAAACGUGACGAAUCACUGAAAUCAUUUCUUAGCUCUGUCCUGUACGUGUUGAUUUCUUGUCUUUCUGUUUACGCCGGUUUACGCCGUCAGACAUGCUUUAAUAAUUCACUCUGGGUCUGGAGAUCAGCUUCCUGCUCUGUAAGCCCGGGACAAAAUGUACUGUAUGCCUGUGUAGAUCUUCCAAGUGAAGUAUUUCACGAGCUGGUGUGAGCUUUUAAACAUGUAAGGAGUCCUCUAAGCAGACGUGGAAGCUGCUGUCUUUCUGACUCAAUUUUUAACAAGUGCUUAAGCUUUUUUUGCAUCGACUCAUCCCAUUGUUAUGCUCUCUGUUUACAGCUGUGUACAUGUGCCUCCUUUUGUUUUCUCUCCUGAAUCAAUAUAUGUACUCAGUCUGGAGACAAAGGUU